UUUACGUCAUUAUUGUGUGGUUGUGGUUUAAGUGUCAUUCAUUUUUCAUUUGCCAUUGUUAUAAGUUUUGAUUUUCAAUAAAUGAUUUUGUAGUCUUGAGUGAAACUGAGGUUUUUAUAUGAAUAUUAAAUGUGCACCUCCCUGACUAAUAGACCAUGAUUAACAGACCAUGAAUAAAAUAAACAACAAUUAUGAAGAUAUUCGCUGGUAUCAUGGAAAACUAUCACGGGAGGAAACAGAAAGGGUUUUGCUACAAGAUGGAAGGAAGAAUGGAUUGUUUUUAGUAAGAGAAAGCAACUCCUCUACAGGAGAUUAUGUUUUAUCAGUGCUUCAUAAUGACCAAGUCAGUCACUUCCAAAUUAGAAGGCAUGCUGAGGAUGCAUUUUUUUCAAUAGAUGAAUGCCUGAAAUUUCAUGGUCUAGAAGUGUUGAUAGAACACUACACUGUUACACCAAAUGCUUUACCAGAAAACUUGGUCCUUACUGAGUAUGUGGUGAAGUAUCCUCCACCACAUGAUUCGAGAAGACACGGAAGAACAAACUUACUGCAUCGAGCCACUGACCAGGGAAAUUAUACUGUCGUUUCUGAAUUAUUGAAAACUGACUAUCCACAUGAUGCCAAAAACCAGGAAGGACAAACAGCUGCCCAUCUAGCAAGUAUGACUGGAAAAAAUGAUAUUUUAAGGAAACUCAUUGAAUCAGAUGCCAGUGUUAAUCUAAGAGAUUCUGCAGGGUUCACACCUUUGCAUUAUGCAUGCCAAAAUAACUUUCCCUCUACUGUGAGACUUCUAGUUCAGUUAGGUGGUGCCAAUAUCCAAGCAAGAAAUACUGAAACAGGUACCGUACCUUUACAUGAAGCUGCAAAUCGAGGGCAUAAAGAGGUUGUUAAAGAACUGUUGAGUUUAAAUGCCCCUAUAAAUAUAAGUAUACAACAAAAACGUCGAAAAGUGAGUGGUACCAUGGCACUUUGGACAGACAUGAAGCAGAAACGAUAAUUAAACAACAUAAUACAAAAAAUGGUGCCUAUUUAGUGAGGUUUAGUGAAAGAAAUAAGGAAUAUGUAUUGACAUUGUUCUACGAAGAUAUUUUUUAUAAUUAUAUUAUCCACAAUGAGAAUGGUUUUUUGUUUAUCGAUGAUGGACCAUAUCUAGAUUCUGUGGAACAUAUUGUUGAACACUAUAGCAUGAUGCCAGAUGGAUUACCAACAGUAUUAAGAGCUCCAGUGCCUCCAAAGCCAAAACCUCCAGUGCCAGAGUUUUCAACGAUGCCAAAACCAAAACAAAAGAAUCAAAAAGUUCAAUCCAACGUAGUACCAAAACCCGAUGAGAAGGUCGCUAACAAACAUUUCCAGAGUUUAACCUUCACAAAUGACCUAAUUCGUACAAAUAAUAAUAAUGUCUCAGAAAAUGAGAACGAUUGCAUUCCAGCUGAUCGCUUGACAAAAGGAACCCUUAUUGGCGAAGGAGAAUUCGCAUCUGUAUAUGAAGGUACUUAUUUGAGAAAGAACAGAGAACGAACUAAAGUUGCUAUUAAAAUUCUCCACAACGAACAAAUGGAAACGAAUCGUGAUGAAUUUUUGAGCGAGGCACAUCUUAUGAUGAAAUUAAACCACCAUUGUGUCGUUAAACUCAUAGGGUUGUCUCUAGGACCACCUCUUUUGAUGGUCCAGGAAUUAGUUCAUCUGGGAUCGAUUUUGCAGUAUAUCGAGGCUAAUAAGGAUGGAAUCAAUCCGAAUUAUGAAUUUAAAAUAUGGGCUGCCCAAAUUGCAUGUGGGAUGCAAUAUCUGGAAGAAAACAGAUUUGUACAUAGAGAUUUGGCGGCUAGGAAUAUUUUAUUGGCAAGUCGUACUCAGGCAAAAAUCAGUGACUUUGGCCUUUCCAGGGCAUUAGGAGCAGGGCGUAAUUAUUACAGGGCAAUGGGUGGUGGAAAAUGGCCCCUGAAAUGGUAUGCACCAGAAUCAUACAAUUAUGGUCAAUUCUCCCAUAAGAGUGAUGUUUGGAGCUUUGGUGUCACUAUAUGGGAAAUGUACGCUUUUGGAACUUUACCUUAUGAAGACAUGAAAGGAUAUGAGGUAGGUAUUGGAACAGACAUGUUUUGGUUUCCAGCAAAAAAAUGUACUUAAC